AUGUCACGGCUAGCUGAUUAUCGUCAUGAUGUUUAUGAUGUCACAUGCGGAGCAUUACUGGGACUUUCCAUGGCGUAUUUUACGUAUCGGCGAUACUAUCCUUCUUUGAAAUCGAUUGAUUGCGAUAUACCUUAUCCAACCCCAGACGGCGGCUUUACCGCUACGAGUGGAAUUCACCCUGGUCUAGAGGAUGAAGAACAGCGGCUCUACGAUCCGGCUGGAUCGCAACAUCCUGGAUCACACUAUCAAUUGCGAGAUCUAUCUCCAGACUCACAGCAUUAA